CUCAUUAAAUUUUAUUUUAUUUGAUUUAUAUAUAUCAUUUCGAAAUUAAAGAUGUAACAUUUAAUUGAUAAACUUUGUAAAAUAAAUAAUAAAACUGAUUUGAUGAAGAGGCUGGUAGAUGAGAUGAAUCCCACCAGAGGCAGUUCCUCCCUGGACCACUAGAGGGCACCGACACUCACUGUGUCGAACAACUUCUUCUGUUGUUUCCCCAUUUCCUGUUAUGAUCAGUCACACCGGUGUUAUAUUUCUUAUUAGACUCCUUAUUUAAGUUCCCUGUGUUCCCUCUUUGUUUGUCGGUGCAUUAAGUUUGAGUUCGUGUUUUUGUGAUUAGUGAGAUUUUGGUUAUUGUUUGCCCCGUGUUUAGUUUUAAGUUUUUCCCACACAAUAAGAUUUUCAUUUACAUUUAUUCAGUUCUCUGCAUGCAGAUUUAUUUUAUAUGCCGUGUGCAACAAGUCAUCAAUAACUAAAGUCACGUCAGUAAGCGAGGUCUGAUUUGGCAAUCAUGUAUUUCCUCAAUUCCUCCUGUACAUGUUUCCUAUUCUGGUAUCUUUUCCUCAGACCCUCAGAGGAAGGAGCUUACAAGCGAGGAAAGAAAACACGGCACAACUAAAUCACUGACUUACUUAUUGUCACUGAACUGAACUGCAGGAUUGAAUUGUUAAUUAUACAUUGCUAAUUCUUUAAUUUAGCCAUUAGGAUUAUCUAUAUUCAGAUAUUCACCAGUUAAAGUUCACUGUGUGUUUCAUAAAAUAUAAUAUCACCAGCAGGUCUGGUCCCAGUAACUGUAUCCGUCCUGAGAACCGUCCCUCACAAUUAUAACCUGAUGAUGACACCGGUGACCUGGCCUGUUGCACAGAAUUACUGCAGGGUGAUGUACACUGACCUGGCAACCAUCCUAAGUGAUACUGAUUGGCUACGAUUUGAGAAAGAAGCAGCAAGCAAAGGUCUGACAACAUUUGCCUGGGUCGGAUUGUACAAUGAUUUCAAUAGCUGGCGCUGGUCCUUAAACGAUCUCCCACUGACGAGUGUCACUUAUACCUAUUGGGCCUCUGGACAGCCUGAUAAUCGUCUUGGAAAACAAGCAUGUGUUCUAAUAGGUGACGCUUAUGGAUAUAUUGGAUGGAUUGAUAGAUCAUGUACAGAACUAUUCCCCUUCAUAUGCUACAAUGCUAAUUUCAGUGGUGCUGCCAGGUUCAUCGGCAUCAGAAGUCCUCUGUUGACCUGGCCUCAAGCUCAAACUUACUGCCGAACACAUCACACAGACUUGGCCAGCUCUCUGAACAACUCAGACAAUAACAUGUUACUGCAGGUGAAGAAUAUCCAGGGUGAUUCCUGGAUUGGGCUUUACAGAGACACUUGGAAGUGGUCAGACGGGACCAACGCUUCAAACAUCCCAUGGGCUCCUGGACAACCUGAUAAUUAUGGGGGCCGCGAGAACUGUGCAAGGUUUUAUAACGGACUGUUCUACGAUGAACAAUGCACCAACUUGCACUAUUUCUUCUGUCACACCAUUUACCCAGCAAGGAGUCAGAUAAUGAGACUGCAGGUGAAGUCUGAUGGGAGUGUGUUUGAUCCUGCUGUGCAGUCGUCCAUUUUAGAUCAGAUCAAACAGAAACUGGAGGAAAAAGGCAUGUUGGAGAACACCACAGUGACCUGGAAGGUGCAGCCAGAGGGAAACAUCUUCCACAAGAAAAAGGAUGAUCUGUAACGUCUAAACGCUCACCUUCAAGUCGAGCAGAUUUCAAACUGACUGAAAUGUUAUUUAACCUACAACAUUUAAGCUUUAAUCAGUAGGCAGUGUCAGAGGACAAGAUUAGCCAGAAGUAGAGGAAUAAACGUAUUUAAUUGCUCUGAUUGGAACACGCCCACUUUGACUUUGCAACCGAAAUUUUAAAGUCAGAUUUCACUGCAACGUUUUAAUAUUGAACAUGUUCAGCUUUUGCUGCAAGAGGCCACUGAACACAGUGAUAAGGAGAAAGUCAGAGAGGGUAUGUUCAAUACUGGGUUUAAUGCAUCAGUGUGUUGUAGUAAAGAAGAAUUCUUAUAUAGAAUAUAGUGAAUGUAACAGAACCUGUAAAUACACUGUGUGUACUCUGAACAGUCAUAUAUAAUGCACUUGCCACUAUUACUGUCAUUUAUUUCUUCCACAUCUACAGUUAUAAAUAUAUACUCAUUUCUUGUAUUGUUUCUAUUUUCUGUAUCUAAAGGCAUUAAUAAUAUACAUUAAUAUCAUCAAUAAACAAUUUUAAAUAUAAACCUCUUGUAACUAUUUCGUAGUCAGAAUUCAGAAAGGUGUUCUAUAAAAUGUAAUUCUACAGAUAGUAUGAACUGCAAUACUUACAUUGACCAGAAGUCGGCAGUAGAACAAUCAGUAACACAAACAAAACUGGAGGUGCUACAGAUCCAAACACCAGAUUUAUUUCAUUAGUAAAAAUAUACUUUCAUGUAGAC